UGCCUGUGCCCCUGCUGCACCUCGUCGAGCCGCACUACUGCCAUGGCCGACACGUACAACGCGCCCGCCGCGCCGGCAUCCUCGUCUCCCGUCCUCUCGGUUGUCCUCGCAAUCUCGCCCGAGCAGAUGGAGCGCGUCAUGGCCAUCCGCCGCACCGUCUUCGUCGAGGAGCAAGGCUACAGCGCCGACGUCGAGCAACACGACGCGUACGACCCUUUGUGCGACCACCUCCUCAUGACCCAGGUCGACCCAGACGGUACGACGACCGACAUCGGUACCCUGCGCUUCUACCCGGCCAAGCUCAAGCUCGGCCGCGUCGCCAUCCUCGCCAACUACCGCGGCGGCGGGCGCGGCAAGACGCUCGUCGAGGCCCUCGAGCAGCACGUGCGCGAGCGACGAGGCAAGACGGCCGAUGUCCUGCGCGGCAAGAAGGCGGUCCAGCUCCUCGCGCACGCCCAGGUCCCGAGCCUCCCGUUCUACGAGAAGACGGGCUGGUCCACGUUCGGGCUCGAGUUCCAGGAGGAGGGCACGCCGCACGUCAAGGUCGUCAAACGCAUCGAGCUCGUGCCAGAACCCGCGACAGCAACGCUCGACGACGCACGGGCACCCGACACGUACCACGUCGAGCUGUGCGAGACGCAGGCCGACAUCGACCGCUGCAUCAAGUGCCGCAUCGCCGUCUUUGUCGACGAGCAGGGUUACUCGAUCGAAGACGAGCUGGACGAAAAGGACCCCGAGUCGGAUCACCUCAUCAUGUACCGGGUCGGCGCAGAUGGCGAGAAGGAGGACGCCGGCACGAUCAGGUGGUGGCCAAAGCCGGGUCAGCCACAGGGUCAGAAGGCGGGCAAGCUCGGGCGGGUGUGUGUUCUGCCCAAAUUUCGCGGCGGCGGCACAGGCAAGAUCCUCCUCGAGGCGCUCGAGAAGCACCUCGUCGCUCGUCGAGGCAAGGCCGGCGUCGCGCUCCGGGGCGAGAAGAGCGUGCGCGUCCUCGUCCACUCGCAGGUGCACGCCGAGGGCUUCUACGCGAGGUCGGGCUACGAGCGGCAGCCGGGCCAGUUUCUCGAGGACGGCGCGCCGCAUUGCCUGCUCACGAAGGACCUCGAGCUCGUAGACGAGGAGGAGGCGCGGUAGACUUGCACUGCAUCUAGAGGGCGCACGGUUCUACAGCUCCUUUCUCGCCCGCGCCUCGAGCUCGUGCACCGCUUGUCGAUUCAUUGCAAAGUCAGACACCCGGCUCGUGAUCCACGGCUGCGCCCACUCGAGCCAGCUGUCACCCAUGAGGCUCGUCCAGUUCUCCUCGGCGCCGAGGUCGAACAGGUCGUGAUCGGGCUCGACGAGGACGACGGCUCCACCGCCCUCGGGCAGCGGGACCCACAGGCGCAGUCGAGCGUCGUAUGUCGUCGAGCGGUGCAGCUUGAUGCGCUCGCCCUGGACCGAGGUGCGGCCUUGGCGAGCGUUGCGCGCGACGACGUAGAGCAUGACGAGCGCGAUGACCGAGAUGAAGCUCGCGAAGAAGGUGACGAAGAGCAUGCUGAGCGACGGGACGACGAGGUGCGGGUAGAGCGCCGCCUCGCGCGAGUCGAUCUCGCGCAGAGUCCCGUCGCGAAGUACGAGAGGUCGGUCGUCGACCGAGAGUUGGUAUUGGCGGUAGCCGAGGAGGAGGGCGCCUGCGUAGCGAUACACCGGCCCACCGACCCAGCCUCGCCAGCCGCUCCACCACCGCUCUCGCAUCUCGUCGCUCCACCACGUCUCGCUCACGACCU